CAUUUCUUUAGAAGGAUGGGAAGGCAGAAUCGUUGGAUCUGUAAGAUGUGCAGAGACGGCUCUAAGAGGCCUCCUUCCAACCUUACUUUGGAGGAAGCAUUACAAUGGGCCCAGUCUUUUGAAAAGUUGAUGGCUACGAAAUAUGGUCCGGUAGUCUAUGCGGCAUACUUAAAAACGGAGCACAGUGAUGAAAAUAUUAAAUUCUGGAUGGCGUGUGAAACCUAUAAGAAAGUUGCCUCACAGAGGAGCAGAACUUCUAGGGCCAAGAAGCUUUAUAGGACUUACAUCCAGCCACAGUCCCCUAGAGAGAUUAACAUUGACAGUUCGACAAGAGAAACCAUCAUCAAGAAUAUUCAAAAACCCACUCAAACGUGUUUUGAAGAGGCUCAAAAAAUAGUGCAUAUGAACAUGGAAAGGGAUUCCUAUCCCAGGUUUCUAAAGUCAGAAAUGUACCAGAAACUUCUGAAGACUAUUCAACCCAACAACAAUUCUUGACCACCACUCAAAAGUUUAAAUUGAAAAGGUAUACUGAAAGUCCUGGCUUUGUGCUUUUAAUAUAAAAAAAUUUAAAAAAACUCUGGGCUUCCCAGGUGGCACAGUGGUUAAGAAUCCACUUGCCAAUGCAGGGGACAUGGGUUCGAGCCCUGGGCCCAGAAGAUCCCACAUGCCGUGGAGCAACUAAGCCUGUGCGCCACAACUACUGAGCCUGCACUCUAGACCCCACGAGCCACAACUACUGGAAGCCCGCAUGCCUAGAGCCUAAGCUCUGCAACAGGAGAAGCCACCGCGAUGAGAAGCCCGCGCACCGCAACAAAGAGUAGCCCCCACUCGCCGCAACUAGAGAAAGCCCGCGUGCAGCAACAGAGACCCAACG